CUCGUUAAUCACGAAAGGCCGCUGGCCUGGGGCUCCGCACUCCAGCCUGUGGCGGGUCUUCCCCGCCUCUGCAGCCCAGUGUGAAGGAGGUGGGAGGAAAGAAGGAAGAAAGGGAGGAGGGAGGAGGCAGGCCAGAGGGAGGGACCGCCUCAGAGGCAGAAGCGCCGCGAGGAGCCAGCGGAGCUCCGCGGGCUGGGGCGCAGCCAGCCGCCCUUCUCCGCGCCCCCUCGCCCCUUCCCCUUCGCGCCCUCCGGCAGCCUCCAGCGUCGGUCCCCAGGCAGCAUGGUGAGGUUUGCUGUCGGGCCCUCGCCACCAUGUACGUGAGCUACCUCCUGGACAAGGACGUGAGCAUGUACCCCAGCUCCGUGCGCCACUCUGGCGGCCUCAACCUGGCCCCGCAGAACUUCGUCAGUCCCCCGCAGUACCCGGACUACGGCGGCUACCAUGUGGCGGCUGCGGCCGCCGCGGCCGCGAACUUGGACAGCGCGCAGUCCCCGGGGCCGUCCUGGCCCGCAGCGUACGGGGCCCCGCUCAGAGAGGACUGGAACGGCUACGCGCCGGGGGGCGCCGCGGCCGCCGCCAACGCCGUCGCCCACGGCCUCAACGGGGGCUCCCCGGCCGCCGCCAUGGGCUACAGCAGCCCCGCCGACUACCACCCGCACCACCACCCGCACCACCACCCGCACCACCCGGCCGCCGCGCCUUCCUGUGCCUCGGGGUUGCUGCAGACACUCAACCCCGGCCCUCCGGGGCCCGCCGCCACGGCCGCCGCCGAGCAGCUGUCCCCCGGCGGCCAGCGGCGGAACCUGUGCGAGUGGAUGCGGAAGCCCGCGCAGCCGUCCCUCGGAAGCCAAGUGAAAACCAGGACGAAAGACAAAUACCGAGUGGUGUACACGGAUCACCAGCGGCUGGAGCUGGAGAAGGAGUUUCACUACAGUCGUUACAUCACCAUCCGGAGGAAAGCCGAGCUGGCUGCCACACUGGGGCUCUCCGAGAGGCAGGUUAAAAUCUGGUUUCAGAACCGCAGAGCCAAGGAGAGGAAAAUCAACAAGAAGAAGCUGCAGCAACCACCGCCUCCACCGCAAGCCCCGGCGCCUGCCCCGCCGCCUCCCCAGCCCCAGCCAGGCCCUCUGAGAAGCGUCCCGGAGCCUCUGAGUCCUGUGUCUGCCCUGCCAGGCUCAGUGCCGGGCUCCGUCCCUGGGGUUCUGGGCCCAGCAGCGGGGGUGUUAAACCCCACUGUCACCCAGUGACCUACAGUGGCCGGCAGCAGCAGAGCGAUU